AUGAAUGGACCCGGCAUGGAGGAAACGCCGUUUCAGAAAGUCAAGACGCGGCGCAAGAGGAACCACUGUCCGCCCGGGGUCAUCGCGUGCGAGGAUGAGUUCGAUUGCAAGGAGCUCGAGUGCCUCUUCCACAAUUAUAACCUGAAGCUGGACCAGACCUCCACAUUGAAAGCGCUGGCAGUGCUGCUGCUGCUCUCCUCCGGUCUCAGUCUGCUCGAGCUGCUGUCCGGACCGAGCCUCACCGUCUCCAAGGGCUCUUACCCCGUGCAUUUCAUCAUCUUCAUCUCGCUCUUCAUCGUCACCAAUGUCAAGUACCUGCAGGUGACGCAGCUGCAGCAGAUCGUUCACCUGACCCUGCUCUUCAGCUUUACCUUCUCCAUCCUCUGCUGUCCGUUCCCUCUCGUCUCUGGCACUUCUGGUCCCAAUCAGGGUGUGUGGCAGCUUGUUCUGCUCACGUUUGUAGCCUAUUCCCUCCUGCCCGUCCGGACGCUGCUGGCGCUGCUGUUCGGGAUCAUGGUCAGCAUAUCGCACAUGAUCAUCACUGCAACGUCAGUCACUGUUAAAACGCACAAACUGUGGAGAACGCUGGUUGCGAACACAGUGCUCUUCACUGGUAUGAAUCUGUCGGGUCUGUUUGUGCGGAUCCUGACGGAGCGAGCGCAGAGGAAAGCUUUUCUACAGGCCAGAAACUGCAUUGAGGAGAGACUGCAUAUGGAGGACGAGAACGAGAAACAGGAGCGUCUCUUGAUGAGUCUGUUGCCGAGGAAUGUUGCAAUGGAAAUGAAGGAAGAUUUUCUUAAACCGCCAGAGAGGAUCUUUCACAAGAUUUACAUCCAACGGCAUGACAACGUAAGCAUCCUGUUUGCGGAUAUAGUGGGCUUCACGAGUCUGGCAUCACAGUGCACGGCUCAGGAGUUGGUGAAACUGCUUAAUGAGCUCUUCGGCAAGUUUGAUGAGUUGGCCACGGAGAAUCACUGUAGGCGAAUCAAGAUUCUUGGCGACUGCUACUACUGUGUUUCAGGACUAACUCAACCCAAAACUGACCACGCUCAUUGCUGUGUGGAGAUGGGUCUGGACAUGAUCGACACCAUCACGUCAGUGGCUGAAGCUACAGAGGUGGAUCUGAACAUGCGUGUGGGACUGCACACUGGUCGUGUGCUCUGUGGGGUGUUGGGUCUACGAAAGUGGCAGUAUGACGUGUGGUCAAAUGAUGUGACGCUGGCCAAUAUGAUGGAAGCAGGCGGACUGCCCGGGAAAGUUCACAUCACACGCUCAACGCUGGAGUGUCUGAGUGGAGAUUAUGAGGUGGAACCAGGAAACGGUCGAGAAAGACACUCCUUUCUGCUCAAACAUGACAUAGAGACCUUCUUCAUAGUACCAUCUCACCGCAGGAAGAUUUUUCCGGGUCUGAUACUAUCAGACAUCAAACCUGCAAAAAAGAUGAAGUUUAAGACGGUGUGUUAUUUACUGGUACAGCUUAUGCACUGCAGAAAGAUGUUUAAAGCUGAGAUCCCAUUCUCCAAUGUCAUGAACCUCGAAGAUGGAGAUAAGAGACGCGUCCUUCGCUCCGCACCAGAGAAGCUGAGGAACCGAACGUCAAUGUCAGCGAACGCCACUCAGAGCAGUCCAGGAACACGCGUGAACCGCUACAUCAGCCGUCUGAUCGAAGCGCGACAGACAGAGUCCGACACGGCCGACGUGCACUUCCUCACGCUCAUGUAUAAAGACUCUGAGCGUGAGCAUAGGUAUCAUCAGCUGAAUGAUGAGUAUUUCACUGGUGCUGUGGUGCUGGCUCUCAUUCUCGCUGCUCUGUUCGGCAUCAUCUAUCUACUCCUCAUACCACAGGGGACUGUCGUGCUGACGUUGUUAGUUUUCUGCAUCUGUUUUCUAGUUGCAUGUACCAUGUAUCUGCACAUCACUAGAGUUCAGUGUUUUCCAGGGUGCCUCACCAUACAGAUCCGCACAGUUCUGUGUGUGUUUAUAGUGCUCUUAAUAUAUGCUGUGGCUCAAGCCUGUGUGGUGGGCUGCAUGCCGUGGCUUUGGCCCACCAAUUCCACCCGCUCCAUCGUGAUCAUUGACGCAGUCAGCGGGAUGAACCACACCAUGGCCGAGCUUCCAUGUGAGGGAGCGCAGUACGCCUUCAUAUCCUGCAUGGUGGGCACGCUGACCAUGGCGCUGUUCCUUCGAGUGUCCUGGGUGCCCAAAAUUGUUUUAUUAUUAGUGCUGGUGGUGCUGUACGUUACCAUACUGGAGCUGAGCGGAUUCAGACACACUGAAGGCAGGUCUGGCUCGAUCAGUGUUCGCAGUUUGGAGCCCAUCCUGUCUCUACUACUUUUCUCCACCGCACUGGCCCUGCACUCCAGACAGCUGGAUCUUAAACUUCGCCUCGACUUCCUCUGGGCCACACAGGCAGAGGAGGAGAGAGACGGCAUGGAGAAAGUGAAAUUGGACAACAAGAGAAUUCUCUUUAAUUUGCUGCCUGUGCACGUGGCACAACACUUCUUACUGUCAAACCCCAGGAAUAUGGAUCUCUAUUAUCAGUCCUACGCUCAGGUCGGUGUACUGUUUGCAUCCAUACCAAACUUUAAUGACUUCUACAUUGAGCUGGAUGGUAAUAACAUGGGCGUAGAGUGUUUGAGACUGCUGAAUGAGAUCAUCGCUGACUUUGACGAGCUCAUGGACAAAGAAUGUUACAAAGAUAUCGAGAAAAUCAAAACUAUCGGCAGCACAUAUAUGGCAGCAGUUGGAUUGGUGCCUACCAUUGGAACCAAGGCAAAGAAAUCCAAUGCAACCCACUUGAGCACCAUAGCAGAUUUUGCCAUUGAAAUGUUUGAUGUCCUUGAUGAAAUCAACUAUCAGUCAUAUAAUGAUUUUGUCUUGAGAGUGGGUAUUAAUGUAGGUCCAGUAGUCGCAGGGGUGAUUGGUGCUCGGAGGCCACAGUAUGACAUUUGGGGGAACACUGUAAACGUCGCCAGUCGCAUGGACAGCACUGGAGUACCGGGGAAGAUCCAGGUGACGGAGGAUGUCUACCGGAUGCUUCAGAACAACUAUGAUCUGGUGUGUCGAGGUAACAUCAGUGUGAAGGGCAAAGGUCAGAUGCUCACCUACUUCCUGGAGGGCAAAGCUCAGGAUGCAGGGAACAGAGCACCACACCUCACCGGCGGUCUGGAGCGGCGCAUUCACGCCAUCGCUCGCACCAGCAGCACACAAACCAAGACUGGCAGCACAUCAUCACUCGCCUCAGGCCUCACUGCAAGGGCUGGUGGGAGUCACAGUCACAGUGCAGCUGCUAUCAAUGUGCCUACUGUCGGAGAAGAGGACGACACCAAAGAGGACAUGGAGGAAGUAUAGUGGAAAGAUCUGAAUAUUACCUGACGUAAACAAAUCAAAAACUAUUUUCAAUAAAAUAACCAGCAAACCCCCACUACGCUCUGGCUUCUCUGAAAGACUUGCAAUAGCAGUUUAAAGAGGAGACACUAAACAUCAAAGUAUCAAGCACUAACAUGAUACAGAAAACAUAUUUGGUUUGCCGACUGCAGGGAGAAUCCAUGAAGCUCCCAGACGCGCAGCCCAAAUCUGAGGCGAGCUCCCCAUUUCCAACGACACCUAGAUUGAGCUUCUAGUCUAGAAUGAAUGUCUAUGGAUGAGCCCAUGGCGAGUGCUCAGCUGCGUUAGAGCGCCACCUACAUUUCAGGUCUGUAUAUUGUGAUGGAAAGGAAGUUGCUGCCAUCUAAUGGAAUGAACUAACACUGUUUUGCAGGGACAGAGAGCAAACAGAGCCCGAAUCACAGGUUUUCAAAGACAGGAUAAAAAAAUGUCUGUUCAUCAUCAAGAUUGUAAACAUAUGCAAUAUUAUGGGGGGGGGGCAGUUCUGUAAAACAAGACCAAUUUUUUUAAAUUAGUCCACUUUGUACGUGUAUGGAGUGCUUAUAGUUCACCCAAAAAAUGAAACCGGUCAAAAAGCCUCCUCAAAAGUGGGUGCCAGGUGUUUCAGGAGUGGAGCAGUCCUCCACAAUCCACUGCAAACUCACAUUAAACACCUACUUCUCACCAUUCAGUCUGAUGGUUUCAUGUUGACUUUAAAUGCCAAACACUAUAAACCACACUCACUAUAUACAGAUUCAAAAUGCAUAUGUGUACUCCAUUAAAGGGUAGCACAGGAUAGAAAGACGGCAAACAUCCGCUUUAAAGGAUGACUUGUCUCUUACACUGCAGGAAUGUUUAAAAGCCUCAAAACUGAUCUUUCUCAAGGCAUCAUUUAUCAUAUUUAUGCAUCAAAAGUCAACAUCUUAUUUGAGUCUGUAAAUAUUAGAUGUUCUUACAAUAAAAAUGUGUGUACUUUUUAUAUAUUCCUCAUUUGAGGGAAGUGUUUGCAUGUAAUACAUUUAUAAUAUUUAAUGAAAUGGCAAUAGGACAAGCAUAUGCCUGAAUUUAAACAAAUGCACUAGAUUUGAACUUGUAAGACAUGACGUGUAUUUGUAAUUGUUUUUAUUAAACAUAAGCAAAGGUUUAUCAGACCUUUAAAACAGCUCAGUCAGGGCUUGAAUUAGUGAUGUGGAAAGAAACGCAUACAUUAAAGGAAUGUUCCAGAUUCAAUACAAGUUAAGCUCAAUCAACAGCAUUUGUGGCAUAAUGUUUAUUGUCACAAAAAUCUGGGUUACAGCGAGGCACUUACAAUGGAAGUGAAUGGGGGCCAAUACAUAAAAGUUAAAAUACUCACUGUUUCAGAAGUAUAGCCACAAGACGUAAACAAUAUGCAUGUUAACAUAAUUUUAGUGUGAUAAAAUCACUUACUAACCUUUUCUGAGUUAAGAUAUAUGCAGUUAUACAACUUUGUUGCCAUGACGAUGCUGUAAACCGUAAAAACGACAUUUUAGACAACUUUACUGCUCAAAUAACACAAGUUUUAACAGACGAAUUAAUGUAAGAGCUUUUAUAAAAUUAUAAGCUUUACAUUUCUCCUUUAAUACCUUUGAAAAAUUUGCCACAUUCACUUCAAUU